AUGGAUUUAGAUGCACUUCCAGUCGACGAUGAGUGCUACCGCGCUCGUCAAAGCGAGUAUGUAGACAUGAGUCUCAUCCACCUCGGCCUAAAGCUGCGUGAAAUGGGCGUUGACUUCGCAGAGGAGGAUAUCGCUGCGGUUCCAACACCCUUCGCGGAUCGACUGCUGCGUUACGUUGUGGCGUUUGAGGAAAAGGAAGCCACGACGCGAGCGGCCAUAGCGGAGUACCAGGCUCAGACAGAACAGGAGCUAAAACGAUUGGAAUCGCAGCGGGAAGCAACAGAACGAGCAAGGGGGGAAGUGGCGAUCCUCUCGGAGCGAAUCAGCGCCGACCUCUCCGAGUACAGGAAAGAAGAAAAACUAGAAGCGGAACGUCGGCGGGAGCGACUGCGCGAAGUGCAGGAUCUAUGUCGGCAGAUCGACAAGAAGGAGCUAGAACUGCGGCGGGAGACCAUGGAGCACGAUCGGUUAAGCAAGAUGCUCAAGAAGGUAAGAAAAUAG